UACACGCUUUUUAGACGCGACGGUGUGUCUUUAGACAGCGUUAUGUUAGUUUACAUGUAUCUGAGUUAUUUAAAAGUUAUCCUCUUGACAGUGUUUUAAUAUUGUGUCGAGCCGCUGCCGAGUUGUAGCUUACACGUUAAAGGAGGUGGCACAGCGCCACAGCGUCCCGCCACCAGCAAAGAUGAAGCUGAACAUCGAAGGGUUGUUAGUCUAUUUCCCAUAUGACUACAUUUAUCCAGAGCAGUACUCCUACAUGCUCGAGCUCAAGAGGACUCUGGACGCAAAGGGUCAUGGAGUUCUGGAGAUGCCCUCAGGGACCGGAAAGACCAUCUCGCUUCUGUCCCUGAUCGUUGCUUAUCAGAAGGCCUACCCUCUUGAGGUGACCAAGUUGAUCUACUGUUCUCGUACUGUGCCUGAGAUCGAGAAGGUGAUAGAGGAACUGAGGAAAUUAAUGGAAUUUUACACCAAGGAAACAGGGGAGAAAAACAACUUCCUUGCACUAGCACUGUCUUCAAGAAAGAAUCUGUGCAUUCACCCUGAAGUGAGCUCUCUGCGGUUUGGUAAAGAGGUGGAUGGAAAAUGUCACAGUCUGACAGCAUCAUACAUUCGAGCCCAGCGUCACACUAACCCAAGCCAGUCAGUCUGCCGCUUCUAUGAGGAGUUUGAUGCAGUGGGAAGGCAGGUGCCCAUUCCUUCUGGCAUUUACAACCUAGAUGACCUUAAAGACUUUGGGCGUAAGAAAGGCUGGUGCCCGUACUACUUAGCGCGCUACGCCAUUCUUCAUGCCAAUAUAGUGGUUUACAGUUAUCAUUACCUCCUGGACCCAAAAAUCGCAGACCUGGUUUCAAAAGAGCUUGCAAAGAAAUCUGUUGUUGUAUUUGACGAAGCUCACAACAUUGACAAUGUGUGCAUUGACUCAAUGAGUGUUAACAUCACCAGGAGGACACUGGACCGUUGCCAGACCAAUGUGGAAACCCUUCAGAAUACCAUUCAGAGGAUAAAGGAAACUGAUGCUGCUAAACUCCGAGAGGAGUACAGAAGACUAGUGGAGGGACUGAAAGAAGCCAAUGUUGCCCGAGAAACUGACAUCUACUUGUCCAAUCCAGUGCUGCCAGAUGAAAUUCUCCAAGAGGCUGUUCCUGGCAGCAUCCGCACUGCAGAGCACUUUGUAGGAUUCAUGAAGCGCUUCCUGGAGUACCUGAAGGCUCGGCUGCGUAUCCACCACGUUGUGCAGGAGAGCUCUCCUCAGUUUCUUAAAGACAUCUAUGAGAAGGUGUGCAUUGACCGCAAGCCCCUCAGAUUCUGUGCUGAGAGGCUUCGCUCAUUGCUGAGAACUCUGGAGAUUGCAGACAUCGCUGACUUUUCUGCCGUUACUCUGAUCUCCAACUUUGCUACUCUCGUCAGCACCUACAGCAAAGGCUUCACUAUUAUUAUUGAGCCUUUUGAAGACAAAACACCAACAAUAGCGAAUCCAGUCCUUCACUUCAGCUGUAUGGACCCCUCCAUCGCCAUAAAACCGGUGUUUGAGAGGUUUCAGUCGGUCAUCAUCACCUCAGGGACUCUCUCCCCACUGGACAUCUAUCCCCGAAUCCUGGACUUUCGCCCUGUCACAAUGGCCUCCUUCACCAUGACACUGGCACGAACCUGCCUUUGCCCCUUGAUUGUUGGGCGAGGGAAUGACCAAGUGGCAAUGAGCUCAAAAUUUGAGACCAGGGAAGAUUUUGCUGUGAUCCGAAACUACGGGAACCUGCUUCUGGAAAUGUCUGCCAUUGUACCUGAUGGGAUUGUCGCAUUUUUCACAAGCUAUGUUUACAUGGAAAACAUUGUAGCUUCAUGGUAUGAGCAGGGAAUUCUAGAAAAUAUCCAGAGGAACAAGCUCAUCUUCAUCGAGACUCAAGAUGCAGCAGAGACCAGCAUGGCUCUGGAGAAGUACCAGGAGGCCUGCGAAAAUGGCAGAGGGGCCAUCUUGUUGUCUGUGGCCAGAGGCAAAGUGUCUGAGGGGAUUGACUUUGUUCAUCACUUUGGCCGAGCUGUGAUUAUGUUUGGAGUGCCUUACGUGUAUACCCAGAGCCGAAUCCUCAAGGCUCGACUGGAGUAUCUCCGAGACCAGUUUCAGAUCCGUGAGAACGACUUUCUGACCUUUGAUGCCAUGCGACAUGCGGCCCAGUGUGUAGGCAGAGCCAUCCGAGGCAAAACUGACUACGGCCUUAUGAUCUUUGCAGACAAGCGUUACGCCCGAGCAGACAAGCGAGGAAAGCUGCCCCGUUGGAUCCAGGAGCACAUCACAGAUGGCAGCCUGAACCUGACCAUCGAUGAGACAGUGCAGCUGUCCAAGCACUUCCUGAGGCAGAUGGCCCAACCGUUCAGACGGGAGGAUCAGUUGGGUCUAUCCUUGCUGACCCUGGAACAGCUACAGUCAGAAGAAAUGCUGCAGAAAAUCUCUCAAAUUGCUCAGCAGGUCUAAUGCUUCUUGUGGAGAUGUAACAUGCUCAUCAUCUGAACUUACAUGUCUGUACAUAUCUUUUUUUUUAAAUAGUUUGAUACUGUAUGUUCAUCUUCCAACACAAAGGCAGGAAUAAAUACUGAUUAUUUCUAUAA